AUGAUCUCGGAUGUCCGGAACAGACUACCCUUUUACUGGUCUGACUGGACGGACGCAUGGGAUUACCGGGUCAUUCCAUCGACGGUUUUUAUCUUCUUUGCCAACAUUCUACCGGCCAUUGCUUUUGCCCAAGACAUGUUUGACCGUACAAAAAACGCAUACGGCGUGAACGAGGUCCUGAUGGCGUCUGCAUUGGGAGGUAUUGUGUUUGGUCUGUUCAGCGGGCAGCCGCUGUGCAUUGUGGGUGUGACGGGUCCGAUCGCAAUUUUUAACUAUACAGUUUUCCAGAUUGUUGAUGGCAUGGAUGUGGAGUAUUUCCCAUUUAUGACUUGGGUCUGUAUAUGGGCCUUCAUCAUGCAUACGAUCAUCGCAGUCACCAACGGCGUGGUUCUCAUGAAGUACAUCACCCAGUUCAGCUGUGAUAUCUUUGGUUGUUUCAUCAACAUUAUUUAUAUUGAAAAGGGAAUUCAAAUUCUAAUCAGACAGCUCGAGCACAGUGACGAUCAGGCAGGAGCGUACUUUAGCAUUGUCGUUGCCCUGUGUGUGCUGAUCUUUGGCGUUGUAUCUCUGGUUUUAGCCGGACACUCGAAUUUCGGAACCAUCUAUAUGAGAAAGUUUGUCAAGGAUUACAGUCUUCCUUUGAUUGUGGUGUUUUUCACAGGCUUUACGUUUUUCCCGGGUCGUAUUUCUGAGCUCAAACUGCUCAGACUCGAAGUUGCAACUGCGUUUCAGCCUACUACUGACCUGUUUGGUCGCGAUCACGGCUGGUUCAUCAACUUCUGGCAUGUCAAUGUCGGCUACGUGUUUUUGGCUAUUCCGUUCGCUAUUCUGCUGACCGCUCUCUUUUAUUUUGAUCACAACAUCUCGUCUAUCAUUUGCCAAGGAGCAGAAUUCGACCUGAAAAAGCCCUCCACGUUCCACUGGGAUUUCUUCUUAUUAGGAGUCACAACUCUAGUCUCGGGACUCUUGGGCAUACCUCCCCCUAACGGUUUAAUUCCCCAGGCCCCGCUGCACACUUAUAGUCUGGUGGUCAAUGAGCACGAAGAAGAGCCAUACCAGGUUGUUGAACAACGGCUCACAAAUACAGCCCAAGGUUUUAUGACCCUUGGUCUAAUGACAGGCCCACUGCUCAAAGUGCUGCAUCUGGUGCCCCAAGGUGUCCUUGGUGGUCUGUUUUUUAUGAUGGGCGUCCCCGGACUUUUGGGCUGCGAAAUCACCCGACGCGUGGGUUUGCUUGUGACAGAGGCAGAUCUCAGGUCCUCAGAUCCUUUGUACUCGUUAAGUUUCUGGGUGGUCAUAACCUUCCUGUCUCUGUCAAUCAUUGGCACAGCAGCAGAAAUUGCCAUCACACAAACUAUUGCCGCCGUGGGCUUCCCUGGUGUUUUGUUUUUGUUUAUGGGCGUCGGUGCUUUCCUGCCCAAGCUCUUCAGUGAAUCGGACUUGGAAGUCCUUGAUCAUCCGGCUGCUAGCAAGUUCUUCAGUAAGGAGGCCGCUAAAGAGCUAUAA